AUGAAGCUGCCUAUCUACUUUUCACUGUUUUUGCCCAUCUGGGCUCUCGUCUCUCCCCUAAAUCCCAUGCUCUGCACCUCGAGCCCUCCGCUAGUUCUGGAAGCUGGCGUGUCUAUUGUUUCCGCAGCAUUUUCGGGAAAGAUCACCGAGCAUUGUACUUCUACAUUGACAUUCGCCGACAGCGACUUCCUUCCUGUGACCUAUGAAUUCGAUCCCGAUGCAUCUUGCCCCGGGCCAUUACUUGCUAGCUUUAUAGUUCCUGCAGCGGUACCCAACGGGCGCGUGUGGGUAAAGUGGGGCGACCUAUCGACCCCUGUCCUCAACAAGGGAACUCUGGACUGCGUGAGCGACUUUGCACAGGUUGCAACCACUCUCGCCACGCUCACAAGCACCUCCCGCGUCACUGGUACGGUUUCUGAGGCAUCGUCUGUGUCUACGACGAGUUCGCUGGUACCCUCAGUCUCAGAUUCAGUGCUCCCACAGCCUCGCGUCUGCCACGUCUGUCUCAACGGCUGUGACGGCAGGCUGGCAGACGACAAGUGCGGACCCGCAAACGAGUUCAACAGGUACUUCAACAACAACCCCGACUGCAAACCAACCCAGCUCACCAUUUGA